GGGAGGGGUGAGUUGCCUGGUGGAAGGGACUGAAAUGUCCUUCAUAUAAACCAGUGACAAAGUGCCGAGUAGCGGCCCCGGGCAGCAGAGAUCAUAGGCAGCACAGUGCGAGACAGAGAGAGAGAGAGAGAGAGGAGGACACCGGAGCACCAAGCACAGCGUACAGCCACUGAAUUCACAGCAACAAACCGGGGAGACACGGAGAAAAAACUCACCAACAGAAAAGCAUAAAAACCGAGAUAACUAAGCCGGACGGAGCAUCUUUUAUCCCAGCGACAGUGUGCUUGAACUCUUUUUCCAGACCUGUUUGAAUCUGUAAAGAUGGAUGUCACCUCUCGCGCUCUGCUAUUGGUUUGUGCAUAUUUGGCGGUUGCGCUGAUUGAUGGAACCCACUCGGAGGGGAUGUGUCUUCAGGACGGCAAGCACAAGGCCACACCCAGCCCGGAGUCACACCUGAGGGACUGUGCGCUGUACGCAGACAAUAGCUGCUGCACAGAAGAAGACAUCCAGGACAUCUCCCAUGUUCCUUCUGCCAGCAAUAGGAAUGAACCCUGGGACAAAUGUGGGUCUCUGAGCGCUGAGUGUGAAGGUUUCCUGAAGCGUGUGUCAUGUUUUUACCGCUGCUCCCCAGAUGCCGCACGGUGGCCUCAUCCUGAUCGCCGCUCAUACAUCCAGGCUGUGCCGCUCUGCCACAGCUUCUGUCGUGAUUGGUUUGAUGCCUGCAGGAUGGACUUGACAUGUGCUCGUAACUGGGCCAGAGACCCCAGGGGACAGAACUGCACUGGAACCUGUGUUCAGUACCAGCAGAUGUACCAGCACGGCAGGGAUCUCUGUGAGAGCCUGUGGGGUGAUGCGUUCAUGACAGUGGAGGAUGAGCCAGAAGAUGUGGGAGAGGCUGGAGAGAUUGGAGUGGAGGGCGACAGUGGUCACCCCUGUGGCUGCCUGACCCUCAGUCCCUCCGACAAGGAUGUGAUCGCUGCCCUCAGGGCCCAACAGGACGACCCGGAGGAGCUGGAUACCACUAAGUCGGGUCUGCCUCAGUACCGGGCACCUUGCCAGACCAAGUUACCACUGCAGGCCAGAAGCAGCAGGAAGGGGAACUCUGUGCUGCGUAAACGCUCAGUCAUGGUAGAUGACGUGGAGGGGAGUGGUAGCGGCUUGUAGAGAGGAGUGAUAGAUGGCAAUAAAUUUAGAGUUAAUUGUCUAGAUGCUAAUAUAUGAAAUAUAUCUCUCGAAAUGGAGCUGUAAAACUUGCUCCUCCGAUUAACCUUUCCACACAAACCCUAAGCUCUCAUUAUCAUUAAGUUUAAGAUAUAAUCUCUAUGGUUUUAAAUAGUACUAUAUAUGGCACAAGAUAGACAGACAAGCUUGAAAACCUUCCUGGUCAAUUAUUUGAUUGAACAACCCAAACAGCCAGGAUUUUAAAAAACAAUUACCAUUAUAGAUGUCGGAACUGAUUGAUACAGUAUAUUGUAAGAGUAUUGAAAGGCAAAAUCCUCAGUUCUGCAAGGGCUCUGACUUCAAUAAUAGGACUAUCUUUCUUAUUAUUAUUGAUAUUAUUGUACAAAUGUUUUAUUGCCAGCUAACAAGGUGUUUUUUUUUCAGGUCUCUAUCAAUGUCAGGUAUCUUAUUUGCUUUGUGUGGCUCAGUAAAACACAUCACUCAACAUUAUUAUAUUAGACAUGUGAAGUCUUGUACAUGGGAAAUGUAAAGAGUUACAGAUUUAUAGUGCUGCAUGAAUCAUACAUGUCAUGACUGUUCCUGACAGAACUGUAAGCAUAAUGUACCUGUACCAGUACUUCACUACCCUACUACCCUUUUCAAUCAUCUAGGUUACUUUAAUCUGUGCAUUAGUCAAUUGUUAAAUGCAGAUCUUACUGUUGUGAUGCUGUACCGUGCAGUUUACAUGUCAUGAGGUGUAUGAUAAUGGAGAAAGUCACACAGAGUCAUUAUAAUAAUGAAUGUAACUUAGGCCUGAACGUAAGGAAUCUGGUAUGAUAAUGACACUGGAGUGGUAUGCUUAAUACCUGAGGGAAGGUUUAAUAUGCAGAAAACAAAAUCUGCUCACCAGAAUAAAUCCGCAGAGGCAGUAUUUGUACCAGAUAAAGUUUGUUCUGGUAGUUUGAUCAUGCAUCAUCAAUGUACUGUGGAUGUUUCUUUUAUAAUCACGUCAUGUGUAUCUAGAGUGAGGCACUGUUAGGAAUAAAUGUUUUGUUAAAAAAGGGAAAGUGGUUUGUUUGAUUUAUGGUAAGCUUGCUGAAAAUGGGUGUUUUUGUGCUUUUCUUUA